AUGUGGCAUAAAAUAAUAGAACACCUCAACGAUCCGUUGCUUGUGGUUAAAGUGCAGAACUUCUUCGGUGUUAUAUACAAAAGAAGUUGCCAAAAUGAAGCGACGAGUAUAAUACAUUCCGAUAGACAUGAGCGUGAAGACGAGUUAGAUGUCAGACAGCACAAGAGGAUCCCAAGUGAUAUAUCUGGUAGUUCCCAAUGUUCUUCCACAACCGACUCAUCGGAGGGUGCAGAGGAGUUGGAGUGUCAUAUCAACAAUAAGUUCUGGUACUAUCUGUUCGUGAUCGGAACUUCUCUGGGAGAUGAAAUCUUCUAUGCAACUUUUAUACCAUUUUGGUUCUGGAAUGUUGAUGGUGCUGUGGGACGGAGAGUGGUGCUCGUGUGGACCGUUGUUAUGUAUAUAGGUCAGGGUAUCAAGGACGUGAUCCGCUGGCCGCGGCCCGGCCACCCCGUGAGGAAGCUGCAGCAGAAGUGGGCCAUCGAGUACGGCAUGCCGUCCACACACGCCAUGGUGGGCGUGUCCAUACCCUUCUCCGUCCUGUUGUUCACCAUCAACAGGUACCAGUACCCCGCGCACUGGGGCCUGCUGCUGGCGGUCUGCUGGUGCACACUCAUCUGUGUCAGCAGAGUGUAUCUUGGGAUGCACAGCGUAUUGGACAUAGCAGCAGGUCUGCUGCUAGCAAGCCUGCUGCUGCUGCCCCUGGUGCCGCUGGUGGACGCGCUGGACCCCUGGCUGCUGGAGUCUCCCUGGUCGCCCUUGUCAGUGCUGCUCGUGUCGGUGCUGGCUGUGGUCUUCCAUCCCCAGUCCGACAAGUGGACGCCUACCAGAGGCGACACGACGAUGAUAGUGAGCGUGUGCGCGGGGCUGCUGGUGGGCGCGUGGGUGAACUUCCAGUGCGGGCACAUGUCGCCCAGCCCGAGCCCGCCGCCCUACACCAUCAUCUGGCCGUCCGUGGACAUGCUGGGCUGCACGCUGCUGCGGACCACACUCGGCCUGUGCGGCGUGCUGGCCACCCGCGCCAUCGCCAAGAGCUUCUCGUACGCCCUCAUCUGCGCGCUGCUCGGCAAGGACAAGAACGAGCUGAGGAACUCCGCGGACAGUCUGGACAACAAGAACAAGAUCUUCGUGGAGUGCUGCUACAAGUACUUCACGUACGGCCUCAUAGGCUUCAACACCACCUACGUGUUCCCCAACGUGUUCGAGCUGCUGCUCAUCAACAGACCCACCUACUACACCGAGAUCUGA